UUUGUCGGCACUAUUAUAUUAUACGUAUGGUAUAUUUAUGUAGUAUGAAAGUUCAUACUUCGAUUGUGAUGCUUUGCAUGAGUUUUAGAUGUGCGUUACUUUGACACCGUUAGUUUCAAUUGUAUUGGUAACAAUGACCUGGCUGUGUAACACGCUUCAAACUUCAGUACACUCUUGUUUCUCUUCAGAUCGCAUAAAUCUUUCGCCUUUUACUAAAGAUUUCCGUGGGGAGGAACAACAAGAGUCUUAACUAAUUUUUUGAUGCCCUGCGAAAGCGGGGCUUCCUCUUCUGUGAAAAACAAAAUAAUACACAUGCAUUGAAAUCAUUAUGAGGCUGCAAACUUCCAUUAUGCUAAAAAUUGUAGAGCAAGUCACGGGAUUUAACGCUAGACUUGGUGAUCUGCAUGUGAUUAGUACACUAAAAGUAAUGCAAGCACAGAGCAGAUUAACAUUGCCACAUUUUAACGAACGCACUUGGAAUUAUAACCGAAAAAUUAUAGAAUUAAUUAGGUUAGUUUGAAUGUUUUUCUGCCAUACUAGUGCAACUUUUAACACAUUCAAGAUGGCGUUUGCCUCUCACCCCUUAACAGCAGGGCCUGCUUUAUGAUCUUUUGUUCAUCAUCUUGUCUUUUUUGCUUUGAAGGCUUAUGUCUACUCUCACUUCCUCAGUUCUAUGCUUUGCAGUUAGUCAUUCUGCAGCCAGUUCAAGGUGAAUUGCAGCUGACCCCUGUGAACUAUGUACUAUAAAUUUAAUGCCGUGACACAACGGCUGACUGGAGCAACUGCCAACGCAUACACCCCGCAAGGUCUGCGUCCAGCUGUCCCUCCUGUUCGUUCUCCAAUGAUCUUUGCGUCUCCUAUCAAGUUGGAGUCUGAAACAGGAAGCCAAGUGAAAUAUUUGGGAGCCAACAAAGUCCCUGACUUGCAGAGACGCUUCCAGCGGUCUGAUGGGGUCCCGGUCUACCUCAAGGGGGGUCUGAUAGACAAGCUGCUCUACAGGACCACCAUGGGAUUCACCAUUGGAGGGGCGCUUUACUGUCUUGUAACGCUCUACUUUGCUGCUCAGCCUGGGAACAAGUGAUUCCGCAUUAAUUGAUGCUUUCAAGGACACUUUGGGAUUAACAUUCAAGAUGUGUGGCGGCAUAAUAAAAUCAUUAUAUUCAAAGAUGAAGUUUUAUUUUGUUCAAGUGUCGCUGUCAUCAUUAUUUAUUGGAUAUAGAAAAAGAGCAUUUGGAUUUAUAUUGUCAACGAAUCGAACAGAAAUCAAAUCUACCCCUGCUUUUACUGAGCCCAAUUGAUCCUCUCUUUAUGAAAUUGGAACCUCCUUAUUAAUGUUUCUCAACAAGUUCAUACUGAUGGAUUAUUUAGGAUUUGCUGUUCUCUCACUUGUUUGAGGUAUAGUGGAUUUAUAGCAUUCCCUAUAGGUCCACCAAUCCAGUACAUUUUGGGCCUUUAGGGCCACCAUACUUUCAUUCAAAAUC